GGCAGACGGACCUCUGUGCACCAGGAAGAAAACUGUUUUCAAACAUGACAUCUGAGGCUAUCGUUCUGUUAGAAACAGUCAAUUUCGCCGCGGAAAAACACCGAAACCAGCGGCGAAAAGACCCAGAAGGAACACCGUAUAUCAACCAUCCGAUCGGAGUAGCAAGAAUCCUCAGUCAUGAGGGAGGAAUCACUGACAUUGAGGUUUUGCAAGCUGCUUUGCUCCAUGACACAGUGGAGGACACGGACACCACUCAUGCAGAGCUUGAAGCCAAAUUUGGGCCAGUCGUUGCCCGCAUAGUUCAGGAAGUAACAGACGACAAGAGUCUGCCAAAGCAAGAGAGGAAGCGCCUGCAGGUGGAACAUGCGCCUCACUGCAGCCACCAAGCCAAGCUGGUCAAACUGGCUGAUAAGCUUUACAACCUGAGAGACCUGAACCGCAGCACACCUGCUGGCUGGACAGCUGAGCGGGUGCAGGAGUAUUUUGUCUGGGCCUCUCAGGUGGUCAAAGGCCUGAGAGGAACGAACUCAGUUCUGGAGGAGAAACUGGAGGAGCUGUUCAAACAGAGAGGACUCCAACUCUGAUCACAUGGACACAAAACACUGAGGAGAAGAGACUUAAUACAUGACAAGUACACAACUUUUUCAUACACUACUCACAAAAAAUUCACAUUUUGACAUGAUGAGAGCAAGAUAACACCUAACUAUUGAUCGACAGUACCUCGCCGUUGCACGACUUUCAACAGGAUGUCCUCAGACGGAAGUAGCCACUGAGCUCAGUGAGAUCAGCAAGUUGCAGCAGAGAUAAACAGACAGCAAGAGAAAUGGACGUCCUUGGGUCAUCUACACUGAUGUGGCCCAUUAUGAACAGUGCAGACCGUUAGAAACCAGUUACAUCAGCGUGGUCUGCCAGCUAGAACACCAGCAAGGGUAUGUUGAGCACGCCACCAGGCAGGCUUCAUCAUCCUUCAUGCGCCAUGGAGCAUUUACACUACCAGUGGGCCUCAGUGCUGUUCCCUGAUGAAAGUUGAUUUAUGUUGAGCCAAAAUGCAACUGGUGAUGUUACAGUGUGUGCAGAUGUGUCUCUUCAGUUACAGAACUGCCUCACAUUUUGUGAAUGGUUCGAUGACAAGAACAUUCUGUCUGAAUAACUUCAUGAACCCAGCCAUUGUGUAUCUGCAUAAUCGACACAGGCCUAAUUUCAUCUUCAUGGAAGACAAUGCUCCAGCUCCUUGAGGUGGCCUCAUUUGGGAACAGCUGUUGGAGACUGCAGUAUCUCAGCUUGAAUCAUCAUGAUGUAUCACCGGAGCAUGAAUGUUCUACAUUUUUCAUAAAUUUCAAACAAAUGCCAAAUAUCUAUAACAUUUUGUGACUAGUGUAUGUCCAUUUUUAAAAUAAAUCACAUUUAA